AGGUCAUGGAUUCACCACCAGGCAAAGACUUUCAACCACUUUUUCAGAGCAAACCCAGACUGGGAAAGGAAUAAAAAAGAAAACUCGCCCCCUAAUUGAAUUCGGUGAACAAAAAGAAAAUGACACCGAGAGGUUUGAUGUGGAUACGUUCAGUUUAAAAGUGGAAUGUUACAGUGAACCCGGGUCUUUAUAUUCUGGACUAAUUUGGCCUGUUUUAUAUGGAUUCCAGCAUUGCUUCACCCCUGAUGUUUGCCAGAUAAACUCUGAGUUUCUCUUUCAGUGUUACAGCACUGCACAGAGCUGGGAUUUAGUCAAGCCUAAAGCUGAUCACCAAUCUGGGAGCUAAAGAGAGCAGCUGAGCACCAUUAAGAACUAACAAACUCCUGGCAGCUACUUUCAACCUUCACUUCACUGACACCACAGAAAUGCUUUGGGAGUGCAAAACCUUCCUCUUCUGUGUUUUGUCGGUCUACAUCACAUCACUGGUGGUGGCUUCAGAUGAAAGGCAGCAAGAUAAUCACUGUGCUGAUCUCAACAACAUCACAUGGCGGGAAUACCAGCAGCAAAGAGUCAGACUGAACGUCCAGUAUCUGCUGCUGACCAGGAAAAACAUGGACUGUCCACAAGCAUUCAAUGAGACGUCCCUCACCAUGGAGAACUCCUACUUCAACCCCUCGCGUCCUACAAAGGUUAUCAUCCACGGGUACAGGGCCCGGGGGAGUAAGCCCUCCUGGGUGAAGAGGUUAGGCCAGGCGCUUUUAAGAUCUCAAGAUGUGAAUGUGGUGGUGGUGGACUGGGUCCGCAGUGCGUCCUUUGCCUACAACCUGGUGGUAGAGAUCUACAGAGAGGUGGCCAUACAGAUUUCUGUCCUCAUCAAUCAGCUGCAGAAUCAUGGCUGCAGACUCCAAUCCUUCCACUUUAUCGGGGUCAGUCUCGGGGCACAUGUCGCUGGUUUUGUGGGAACUUUGUUCGAAGGGAAAAUAGGAAGAAUCACAGGCCUGGACCCUGCUGGACCCAUGUUUAAAGGAGCGGACACCUAUAGCCGGUUGGACCCUUCUGACGCUCAGUUUGUGGAUGCCAUCCACACAGACUCUGACUAUUUUGGCAUCUCCAUCCCUGUUGGCCAUGUGGACUUCUUUCUGAAUGGAGGGAAGGACCAGAUUGGAUGUGCACGCUCCAGGUUUGACUCAAUUUUCUUGUAUUUUUUAGUGUACAGUUAUGUGAUAUGUGACCACAUGAGGGCGCUGGACGUCUACAUGAGCGCGCUGAAUGGCUCGUGCCCGUUAAUGGGGAUCCCGUGCUCCAACUAUGAGGACUUCCUGAAGGGACGCUGUAUGGACUGCGACAUCUUCAGAGGGAAAUGUCCAGUAAUAGGUUUAUCAGAAAACAGUGGGAUAUCUAUAUCUCCCAUUCCCAAAGAGCAGACGCUAUUCCUCCUCACGACUUCUUCACAGCCAUAUUGUGCUCACCACAUCCUGGUGGAGUUGGAAGUUUCGAAACUGGAUAAGAGCGCUGAGAUUGAAGUGACCCUGACAGCUGACAUCCUGGAAACAAAGCAGAUCCUCAGGCUUCAGACAGAUACAACAGUGUACAGGACGGUGAUGGCUCACUCUACCCCCCAGUGUGAAAUCAACUCCAUCAGGCUGACAAACACAGGAGCUCGCUUCUACAGACAGGCAGAGAUCCACGUCAAGUCUGUCUGUGUGACUGAGUUUCCCUCUCUCAGGCGCAAAGAUCCUGUGUGUGUGAACAACAUCAACAUCAAACGGGGAGCUCGGUGGUCCCACGACCUUGUGCAGUUGUGUGACUUCUAAAGAGAAUGAUCUCCUCGACAACAAUUGAAAAGUGCAUAGUGUGCAGCAAUCUGACCUAUGAAGAUACUAACACAGAGAUGGUUUCACAUUUUUAUACCUUGUUUAAUUUUGAGAAAAUAUCAUUGGAGUUCAACCUCAGGGGGCUGAGCCUUAUAUUUUCUAACAUCAUGACUAAAACUGGGGGGAAAAAGGUUAUUUACAUUAUCAGUAUUUCUGGUACAAUAUUAUUAAUAUUAUAAUUAUCUUUCUUUUUUGCCUAUACUCACUAAAGCGUUGAAGUGUUAAUGAAACCAAACAGUCUAGUUUCACAUCCUAAACCCUUGUUUUUUGUUCUUUUAGCAUUAAAUGCAGCAACAAACUCUUAA